AAUUAGAGAGAGGGGUGCUAAAUGAGGAAGAAUCAAGUACUGCAGGCUACAUUAACUAAAUGACGGUACCGCCCUCUGUUUAAUACAUCACAUGAUAACGAUGGAAGCUGUUUUUCAGAAUAAAAGAGCAGAGAAGCGGUACCGUGUGUCAGCGUGCUUCCAGCUAGUGAAGACCACCGUGUUGUGAACUAGCGCUUUUUAACGGGGCACCUUUAAUCUUCAUCAUGGCGGACAACAGCAUCAACAACCUGACAUCUCUGGCCCGGGCUCUGUCUCAGCCUAAACUGGACCUGAAAGAAGUGAACGAUAUUAGUUCUCUGAGAAAUCUCCAGCUGCAUCCAUGUCGAAGGAGACAGCUGUCGAGCUGCAGCUCGUUUGAGACGGUUGAACCGGCGGCGGCGGCGGCGGCGGCCACUUCACCGACGUCCGCCCUCGAGGCUCGAGUCCUGGUCAUCAACACCGGAGGAACCAUCGGGAUGACACUUCAUGAUAACGUGCUCGCCCCACAAGCCAAUUCUUUUGUUCAGAGCUUGCGUAAGUUGCCCAUCCUACACGAUGAGUUGUACGCCCAGCAGACCUGCCUCUAUGACUACUAUGGAUCUGAGAACAGCCUGGUCCUGCCGAAGCCAACGCCCCAUUCUGACCGUCUAUUUCACGGGCUGAGUGAAGAUAAUAAGAGGAUAAUCUACAAUAUUGUAGAGUACAGUCCUUUGCUGGACUCCUCCAAUAUGACCACAGAUGACUGGGGUCGAUUUGGAAAGGACAUUGAGAAAAACUACGAAAACUACGAUGGUUUUGUGAUCCUCCAUGGCACAGACACCAUGGCUUACACUGCCUCUGCCCUGUCCUUCAUGUGUGAACAUUUGGGCAAACCAAUCAUUCUCACCGGAUCACAGGUGCCGAUCUAUGAGAUGAGGAAUGACGGCAGAGACAACCUGCUGGGGGCGCUGCUGAUUGCUGGCCAGUUUGUCAUUCCUGAGGUGUGCUUGUAUUUCUACAACAAACUCUACAGAGGGAACCGUGUGACCAAGGUGGAUGCUGGGAGUUUCAAUGCGUUCUCCUCUCCUAACUUGCCUCCUCUGGUCGUUUGUGAAGUGGACAUUACAAUCAACUGGGACACAGUGUGGAGGGCAAACACCACAGCAAAGUUUCACGUGAGCACUGAGCUGAACAGGAAUGUGGGCCUGCUCCGGCUCUUCCCAGGAAUCACUUCUGCUACUGUGAAGGCUUUCCUGCAGCCGCCCAUGGAGGGUGUGGUACUGGAGACCUACGGCAGUGGAAAUGCCCCCGAUAACCGUCCUGACCUGCUGAAUGAGCUGAAGAAGGCCACCGACUCCGGUGUCAUCAUCAUCAACUGCACCCAGUGUCUGAGGGGGACCGUGUCUGCAUCUUAUAACACCGGCAAGGUGUUGAUGGAUGCAGGGCUGAUAGCUGGUGGUGACAUGACUCCAGAGGCUGCCUUGUCAAAGCUGUCCUACGUACUGGCCAAGAAAGACAUAACUCUGGAUGCCAAGAAAAAGAUGAUGGCUCAGAACCUGCGAGGUGAGAUGACCUCUGACUUGGCAGGAGCCAAGUUGUGUCUGAGCGACAGCCGCUUCAUCCAGGUCAUCGCCAAGUCUCUAAGCGUCAGCUGCAAGGCGGAGCUGGAAGCCAUCCGUGAUGCCCUGACUCCCCCUCUGGCGUGUGCUGCUGCGAAGAUCGGAGACAUAGAGGCCUUCGAUGCCCUAAAGGAAAUGGGCAGUAACUUCUGUCUGGGUGACUACGAUGGACGUACACCCCUACAUAUUGCCGCCUGUGAGGGCCACCUCAAACUGGUGGAGUACCUACUGAAUAACGGAGCUACAGUCUAUGCUAAAGAUCGCUACGGGGACACACCCCUAAGCAACGCCGUGCGCUUCAGGCACAAGGAGGUGGUGAAGCUGCUGAGAAAGACCGGAGCCCACUUCUCCAGAGACGGGCUGGAUGAGGCGGGAACUGAACUGUGCAGCCUGGCAGCCAGCGGUGACCUGGAGGGCCUGGAGAUCUGGAGCCUUGCCGGAGCUGAUCUGAAUAAACCCGGCUACGACGGACAGACAGCGCUUCGAGUGGCCCAAGCUGUUGGCAAAAAGGAUGUGGUGGCCUUUUUAGUCCAACUCUUGAGCAAAAAACCCAAGACAGUAUUUGGUGAAUUUAAUGAGUAUGAUGAAUAUGAUGAUGAUGAUGAGGUUCCAGUUUCUAAAACAGCGGAGUGAUCGAGUUCACCGCCACCCCGACAGGACUGUGAGCUGACGCUACCUCAACCGACAGGAACCGUCCUCUGUUUGCAUCCACUUCCUCCCAAGCCGUCCUCGACACGCCAUCCGAAAAACCAUCCUGUUGAAUUUCAGAGUUGCUGCCACGAUGAAUCCUUAGAUUUGCUUCCUUUUUUAAAGCCGUCGCUGCUUACACUGAUUAUACCCAUUAAUAGCACAACAUUGUGUAACCAGUACACUACAUGUAUGUUUUGAUUGUUGCACAGUAGUAUAUGUAUGUGAAUGUCCAAUCAGGGAUUAAACAUGGGGAGAGCUGAAACCUCCCAUUAGUCCAUCAACAGGAUUGUGGUUAAAUCAUUAUUAUUAUACGCACUUAAAGAGUUAAAGAACUUUGCUGUACCAUUACUUUAUAAAGUAACAUAGCAAUAUAUUCAGGAUAUCUGAACCUACAGGGUACAGUCACAGAUUGUAUUUUUAUGCAUAUUUUUUUACAGUGAGAUGCUGGAAAAGUGCCAUGUAAACUAAUGAAGACCAGGUUGUCUUUUUAUUAUCUGGAAUGUUAUUCAACGUGUAACACUUGUCCACCGGCCCCAAAGCAGAGAUUUUCAUUUCCUGUUGCUCAAACAGGUACUACAAAAACCUUUUCAGACUCAUCCAGCCUGUUUCUUGCACUGAUUACCAAGCUGGAAGUGUCGCAUAUCUCUCUUUGAAAUGGAAAAAGGGGGAAAUCUGACUAUUGUGUGAGCCUGCACUUUCUGUGCUCUCCAAUGAAUGUCUUCUUAUAUUAUUUGCGUCCACGAUGACAAAAAAAAUGACGUUGUGUGCUUCCUUAUCUUUGUAAACGGUGUUAAAACAUCGCUACUCUUGUUUGGUUUUAAAAAGUGAAUUAAAUCAAUCUAGGUCAGUUUAUUUUGCACUGUGAUGUUAACAUCUGUAAAAGAAUCGUCUGUGAUUAAUGUGUGCAAACUAAUUUAAAUGACUUGAAUUUGUUCCUGCCGUUACCAAUGUGGUUAUCGUCACAAUGCUGUAUUCAAAAAGGAUGUUUGUGAAAGUGAUUUGGUGGUAUUCAUUCUGUGAAAAAAAAAAAAACAGAAAUAAAUCUCUUGUUUCAAA